UCUUGCCAAGAUGACAGCAAGAUGACAGUUUGACAAUAACUAUGGUAUGGUGUUAUAUCUAUACGGGCUCGCUUGUGGCAUUUGUUUUAUAUUUAUAAUUAUAAAUUGUAAAAUGUCCAUUGAUUCUGUACGAGAAACUCUGUGUAAUAAUUUAACACAACAGUUGGCCGAGUUGGAAUUAUUGAAAUCAAUGUAUCCUAAUAGUGAUGAAAUUGUAAUAACAGACAGUAAAGUAUUGACUGAUAUUAACAAUUUCAUAGAGAAUAAACUAGAUUAUAUUCCUAAUCAUUUAGAUUUUACUUUGCAACUUUAUAUAAACAACAUGAAACUGGAAUUUUGUGUUAAUUUACCAACAUAUUACCCAGAAAGAGAGCCAGAUAUUUAUGUACGCUGUAACCAAUUAAAUAGACAACAGGAAACAAACUUAAAUACUGAAUUAAUUAGAUUUAUCAAAGAUAAUUACUCAGGGGAAGUGUGCAUAUACACUGCAAUAUCAUGGUUACAAGAAAAUAUUCAAUCAUUUAUUAAUGAAGUAGACAAUCAAACCAGGACUGAAGAAGAACCCAAAUGUAUGAAAGGAAAAUUUGUUCGAUUAUGGAUAUAUUCUCAUCACAUUUACAAUAAAAAGAAAAGAGAUGAGAUUUUGAAAACUGCCAAGGAAUUAAAACUGACAGGGUUUUGUCUACCAGGAAAACCUGGAAUAAUAUGUGUUGAGGGCCUUGAUGUUGAAUGUCAUGAGUGGUGGAGAAAUAUUAAAUCAAUGAGUUGGAAAAAAAUAAUGAUAAGAAAUACUGAAACUUUUGAAUCAGUUAAAGAAAAGCAAGAAAGAAAGUUUAAUAACUUUGAAGAAAUAAUAUUUCGUAAUUCAUCCAACAAAUAUAGCAAACAUGCAGAUAUGAGCGGGUUUUCAAAAUAUAUGGAGCAGUUUGGUCUGUCUCAAGCAUUCAAUGAAGUUUUCAGACUAGGGGGUGACAGCUAACACUUGAAUAGGUACCUGUAAAAAUAUAUACUUCCAAAUAGAUGGUGGAAUUAUAAUACACAAUAAUAAAUUGGGUUUUUACGUUGUUUGGUA